CAACGACCACAGGAGCAGCAGUUGCGUCUCUAAUGGCUUCGGACUCUGUUUGAAUUGGAGUUUGUAAUUCAAAAUGGAGCUGCUCCAGGUUCAGUUCCCUGAUGCCGCUAAAUCUAAACUGUGCUUUUCCCCGUCGUCUUCAGCUUCUCUUACGUUCGGUUCUCGCGUUGUACUUCCCUGGAAACCAGCGGACAGAGCAAAACAGUCCUCUUCUUUUCCCUUCUUCGUGAAGUCGGAGAAAAGGAGCAUUGAGACAUCGAAAGGGCUUCGGAGAGUGGCGAAGAAAGAUCUUUCACGGAUUCUUCGGACUGAGGCUGCUACUAAAGGUAUUGAGAAGAAAGCCUAUUCCGCCAAAUCAAAUAGCCUUUGGCCCAAAGCGGUUUUGGAAGCUUUAGACGAAUCAAUACGUAACAGCCUCUGGGAAUCUGCUCUCAAGAUAUUUGGACUUCUUCGUAAGCAACACUGGUACCAACCAAGAUGCCAAACAUACACCAAGCUCUUAAUGAUGCUUGCAAAGUGCAGGCAACCUAAGCAGGCAAGUUUUCUAUUUGAGGUUAUGCUAUCUGAAGGGCUCAAACCUACUAUUGAUGUUUACACUUCACUUGUGAAUGCUUAUGGCCUCAGUGGUCUUUUAGAUGAGGCAUUCCAUACGGUGGACCAUAUGAAGUCCGUGUCGGACUGUAGACCAGAUGUAGUCACGUAUUCAAUCCUCAUCAACUGUUGCGCUAAAUUCCAUCGUUUUGAUCUGAUUGAUCCAGUGCUCACAGAAAUGUCAUAUUUAGGAAUCCAGUGUAGCACUGUUACAUACAACACCAUCAUUGAUGGGUAUGGGAAAGCUGAGAUGUUUGAAAAGAUGGAGAAAUCAUUAAUGGACAUGAUUGAGAGUGGUCAAUGCCUGCCUGAUGUUUUCACACUGAAUUCUAUCAUCUGGGCUUAUGGAAAUGCUGGACAGAUUGAAAAUAUGGAGAAGUGGUAUGAUGAGUUCCAGCACAUGGGGAUUAGAUCAGACAUAAGAACAUUUAAUACACUAAUGAGAUCAUAUGGAAAAGUGGGCAUGUUCGAGAAAAUGGUUUCUGUGUUUGAGUUUAUGGAGAAAAGGUUCUUCUCUCCAACCAUCAUUACCUUCAAUAUAAUUAUUGAGAUGUUUGGGAGAAAAGGAAAUAUAAAAGUGAUGGAGUACUUUUUCCAAAUAAUGAAGAACCGGGGCAUAAAGCCUAAUUCUAUUACUUACUGUUCUCUUGUUAGCGGAUACAGUAAAGCUGGACUUUUGGACAAGGUUGAUUCUAUCUUGAGGCAAGUAUAUAAUUCUGACAUAGUUCCAGACACUCCUUUUUUCAAUUGUGUCAUCAGCACAUUUGGCCAGGCUGGUAAUGUUAAGCGGAUGGAAGAGAUGUUCUUGAUAAUGAAGGAGAGGAAAUGCAUGCCUGAUAAGAUAACCUUUGCCACUAUGAUCCAGGCCUAUAAGGUACAGGGGAAUUUGGAGGCUGUGCGUGAGUUUGAGAUGGAGAAAUUUAACGAGGAAAAAAAUUCAGGUUCAAAAGCUAAGAAUGGCAGUUCAGGUAUUUCAGCCACACAGGAAACGUCCAAACAUGUUAUACCUCUCCUUUCAGUGGCCUCCUCCAUGGCCAAAAAGCAUAUUACUCAUUCAUGCUGGAGGUGAUCAAGUUAUCAAGUCUUAAGACAUUGGGCAUAUCGGUGUAUUGGAAUUGCAGUUAUGGAGACAAGAAACGAUACGAAUCACCAUGG